AAUAGAAGUUUUGUUUGUAGGUUAUGUUGUGUAUAUUGCGGACAUAAACGUAAACAAAGCUAUUUGCAUCUUUCUUAAAAUACGGCGACUGGAAUUGGGAUUUGGAGCUUUAUAUAGCAAUACAAGUAUGUCUGUUACGCUGCACACUGACGUAGGUGACAUAAAAGUGGAGUUAUUCUGUGAACAAUGCCCAAAAGCCUGCGAGAAUUUCCUUGCAUUAUGUGCAAGUGAUUAUUACAAUGGUUGUUUAUUUCAUAGGAAUAUAAAGGGUUUCAUAGUACAGACUGGAGAUCCAACAGGCACAGGCAAAGGUGGUACUUCUAUUUGGGGAAGAAAAUUUGAAGAUGAAUUCAAGGAGGAGCUGAAGCACAAUGCAAGAGGAAUGGUAUGCAUGGCCAAUAAUGGACCUAACUCCAAUGGCAGUCAAUUUUUCUUCACUUAUGCAGAGCAACCACAUCUGGACUUGAAAUAUACACUUUUCGGAAGAAUCAUAGAUGGUUUUGAAGCACUAGAUGAUUUAGAAAAAAUGGCAGUCAAUCCUAAAACAUACAGACCUCUUACAGAUGCAAAAAUUACAUCAGUGACAAUUCACGCUAACCCCUUGGCUGGAUAAUGAACAAUAAAAUUAUUUUUACCUUGCAA